GAUGAAGUCGGCAGAAGAGGAGCUCCCGGUGGCGGCGUGGUUCGGGAAGGAAAAGCAGCGGAAGGAGGCGGUGGUGGGUUUGGGAGGCAGUGGCAGCUUCGGGAUUCAUCGCAACGUCUUUGCUCAUUGCGAGGAAGUUUAUUUCGUGAGCACCGCGGAGAAGCGGCGGUGGCGAGCGCUGCAGCCGUGCAAGUACCCGAAGCCGGUGGUGUUCCACGAUGGCCGCCUCGCCUUCAAGCCCGUCGCCUCAUCGGCUGCUGCCAUGUUCUUUUGGCUCCCUUUCGGCCUCCCGCUCGCGGUCAUCCGCGCCGUCGUCUUCAUCCUCCUCCCCUACGCCCUCUCCGUCCCUCUCGUCGCCUUCCUCGGCAUGCACAAUCGGGUCAUCAUCUCCUCCUCCCCCUCCUCCGGAGAGCCAGUCUCACUGGACUCCCACGCCCGACUCUUUAUUUGCAACCACCGCACCCUCCUCGACCCCCUCUGCAUCUCCGCCGCCAUCGGCCGCCCCGUCACCGCCGUCACCUACAGCAUCAGCCGCGUCACCGAGUGGAUCUCCCCGAUCCGCACCGUCCGCCUCACGCGCAACCGCGACGAGGACCUCCGGCUCAUGCGCGACCUCGUCGACCGCGGCGAAACCCUCGUGGUCUGCCCCGAGGGCACCACCUGCCGCGAGCCCUACCUGCUUCGCUUCAGCCCCCUCUUCGCAGAGGUCAACGCCGACGUGGCUCCCGUCGCCAUCGAAACUGCCGUCUCCAUGUUCUACGGUACCAGCACAACCGGCCGCCUCAAGAGCCUCGACCCGCUCUACUUCCUCCUGAACCCCAUCCCCAGUUACGCCUUGGAGUUCAAGGACCGCGUCUUCACCGGAACGAUCGCCGGCAGGGAGUGCAGCAGCCGCGACAUGGCGAACCAUUUGCAGACGGAGAUCGGGAGAUUGCUAGGGUUUGAGUGCACCGCCUUCACCAGGAAAGAUAAGUACGGGAUGCUCGCCGGGAACGAAGGCUUUGCCGAGGUGAAAAAAUAGUUAUAUUAUUAGGACCCACAAAAAAAGAAACUAGGAAAUUAAUUAUCUAUUUUAUUAAGAAUAUCAAUCCUUUGCUAAUUCGCUCUCUUCAGCUUUUUCUAGCGUGCUCUUUUGAGAUUGCUCUCUUCAACUUUUUCUAUGUGGCAAUUCGGUUUAAUUUAUUUAUCCGGAAGUUUUUUUAAAAA